UGGCAUCCUGUCAGAAGUGAACUCAAGUAAUAAUUGUUCGCUUAUUUUGCCAAUUUCUAUAUAUUUUUUGUUUACAUACGUCCAGUGUUCGUCUAUGGCAACGAUGCCCUCCACGCAUGACUGGAUUAACAACCCAUUGGGUGUUGUCGAGGAAAUGUUCGCUUCAUCUCAGAACAACCCAAAUCCUGGUUGGGAAGCAAAAGUGGUUGAAUUUUUCAAAGAACAUUUAACAGAGAAGGAUGCUCACACUUGGGUUCCAUCCAUGAAUGACACUCCACUGCAUUACCUGAAGCCUGACAGCCUGGUCAAGUUCCGUUGUUUAAUUCAAGACAUGUUUGAUCCAGAGUUUUACAUGGGAGUGUAUGAAACCGUUGAACCCUCAUCACAAGCUAAAGUGUUAAGGUGUGGAAAGUACAGAGACGUGACAGAAUGUGGGGUGGAUUUUAACUCCAAAAACAUUGUCACUUCGGAAAGACAAACUUUCUACUGUGUACCUGUUCCUGGUGAAAACUCAUGGGUGAAAGAUUGUUAUGUUGACUUGAGUCAAGCAAGAGUGUUUCCAUCCACCUCAUACGUGCCAAACAGACAAAAGCGCAGCUAUGAAGACGACGACAUGGACGGCAUGGACGCUCAGCCACAGAAACAGAGGGAACCUCAUGCAGGUCUUCAGAUUCCCCUAGAUCAACACGGCAAGGGUGACGCUCAGCGGCAGGAGACAGAAGCUGCUCCCAGCCACAUGGCCUCUGCCUCACAUCUCGACCUCAACUUCCCGCUACCAAACGAGAAAGGCCCGUCAUGCUUAAUGAAGGUAUACGAGGACUGGGAGCGCUUCAAACUGAAUGACACAUUAGAAGUCUAUGGGAUCCUCUCUGUGAGCCCUGCUCUUACUGCUCUGGCAGAAGACAAGGACACAACCUCGUCCCUCAUCGACGCUUCGGAGUCAAUGGAGACAGCAGAGGAGCAGAGAGUGCACAGCCCACCUGCCUCGCUGGUUCCUCGCCUCCACAUGCUCUAUGCCAAACCACUAGCGCAAAACAACCCUCUGCUGCCCUGUGCCAUUCUGCAAGACAACCACGCCUUUCUAUCUUCAACCCUGAGUGAUAUGGCAUCAGUCAGACGAGACUUCCACACGUAUCUCACUCACGUCCUACUGGGGGAUUCCCUGGUUGCUGAGUAUCUCAUUCUGCAUCUCGUUUCCAGCGUGUAUGCCAGGCGAGAUGUGCUACCACUGGGCAAGUUCACACUGAACCUGAGUGGAUGUCCCACCCUCUCCUCAUAUACUGAACGCCUCUACCAGGUCAUCCAACAACUCGUUCCUUCUUCAUUCUAUCUGGGCAUGAGCCUUCAAAACAUGAAUCAGAUGUGUAUGGUGCCAAAGAAGGACUAUGUGGCCAACCGGCUGGUGAGUGGAGUCUUGCAGCUGGCCAAAAACACUUCCCUCUUCCUUGAUGAAACCCAACUGGAGCAAGGACAGCUGGACACGACAGGUGUGCGCAAUGUUACAGCUUUGGGGAAUGUGAUCUCAUGGCAGAAGGUUGAUUAUGACUUUAACUACCACCAGAUGGAAUUCCCCUGCAAUAUUAACGUGCUCGUCACAUCAGAGGGCCGCUCACUGCUGCCGUCAGACUGUCAGUUACACCUGCAGCCUCAAGUGGCUCCAGACCACAUGGAUGAAUAUCUCAAUAGCAUCCCCAUGCAUGUGCAGACCUCCUCACAGUUCAACAAGUUCCGACUCUACCUUGGUGUAGCCCGGCAGCUGGACUACAGUAUCUCAGACGAAGUGACCAAGUCCGUCGAGGAUGAUUUUGUAGAUAUGAGGAAGGACGAUCCCCAGAGCAUUAGUGCUGAGGACCUCCACCGAAUGCUUGUUGUGGCAAGGUUGCUGUCUCUGAGCCUGGGACAGACCUCUCUCUCCAGAGACAUCUGGGUAAAGGCCAAACACUUGGAGAUUCAGCGUAGUUACAGGAUGGAACAGCACAAGAACAUCAACGGAAAUGAGCCAUAAUUUUGGGCUGGCGUGGUCCUUUUGAUGGGGAAAAUAAAUUGCUUAUCAUUUCAUCUUUGUUCAUUGUGUAAUUGUGGCUACAUGCCAGGAGUUUACACCGGUACACAGUUUAGUGUUUAUAAUUCUUUCCAAAUGUAAAUAAAGUUGUAGAAAAA